AUGUCCCUCCCGCAGACCUUCCAGGCCGCCCUCCUCACCGGCGCCGGCGCCCCGAUCGAGGUCCGCGACCGCACGCCCGAGCGGGCCGGCCUCGAGCCACAGGAGGUCGCCAUCAAGAUGACCGCGACGGCCAUCAACCCGGUCGACUGGAAGCUGCGCGACCACCCGUCCAUCUUCUUCGGGGACCGGCUGCCCGCCGUGCUGGGCACCGACGCGGCCGGCACGAUCCACGCCAAGGGAUCGUCGGUCACAAACCUCGAGGUCGGCGACCGCGUCUUCUUCCAGGGCCACCUGGGCAAGUACGACACGUCGUCGUUCCAGGAGUACGCGCGGACCGACGCCGCCGUCGUCGGCAGGACGCCGCGCAACAUCUCGGACGAGCAGGCCGCCGGGGUCAGCCUCGCGGGCAUGACGGCCGCGAUUGGCCUGUACCACUCUGUCGGUCGGGGGCUUGCCGCACCCUGGGAUGACAACGGUGGCAGCCAGGCGGGCAACGGCAAGGCGAUUGUGGUGCUGGGCGGCAGCGCGAGCGUGGGUCAGUACGUCGUGCAGCUUGCGCGGCUGUCGGGGUACUCGCGGAUCGUGACCAACGCGAGCGCGGCCCACGCGACGCUGCUCAGGAGGCUCGGCGCGAGCACCGUGCUGGACCGCAAGACGCAGAACUCGGCGGGAGACUUUGUUCAGGCUGUCGGAGAGGAUAUCGAGCUCGACUGCGUGUACGACACGAUCGGCACGCCCGAGACGCAGUGCCUGGCCGUCGAGAUCCUGCAAAAGGCCCGCAAGGUCCGCGGCGGCAGCGCAGGCGCCCCGAGUCUCGUCGUGUGCACGCACAACGCCGACGACAAGGCGGUGCGGCAGGGCAGCAAGCUGGAGGGCGGCGCGAGGAAGGUCGAGAUCAAGGGCAUCCUGGCCGUCGGCCCAGCACCCGAGUACCGCAACGUGUCGGAGCCGUUCUACGUGCACGUCGCCAGGUGGCUCGAGGCGGGCGAGUUUGUGCCCAACAGCCCCGUCGUCGUCGAGGGGGGCGUGCACGGCAUCGAGGAGGCGCUGCGGAUGCAGAAGGCGGGCGUGUCCGGGGCCAAGGUUGUCGUCAAGUUCUGA